CCUGGUGCUGCUUGUGUGCUCGUUCGGUGCGGACCUGGUACCUCUUUUGUGAAGCGGCAGCUGAGGAGACUCCGGCGCUCGCCAUGGCAGACGAAAAGCCCAAGGAAGGAGUCAAGACUGAGAACAACGAUCAUAUUAAUUUGAAGGUGGCGGGGCAGGAUGGUUCUGUGGUGCAGUUUAAGAUUAAGAGGCAUACACCACUUAGUAAACUAAUGAAAGCCUAUUGUGAACGACAGGGUUUGUCAGUGAGGCAGAUCGGAUUCCGAUUUGAUGGGCAGCCAAUCAAUGAAACAGACACACCUGCACAGUUGGAAAUGGAGGAUGAAGAUACAAUUGAUGUGUUCCAGCAGCAGACAGGAGGUGUCUACUAAAAAAGGAACCUGCUACUUUACUCCAGAACUCUUCCUUCAGACCAAGAAGACAUUCUCAAUUAGAAAGCCGCAAUUUGGUUCCACCACAUCCUGACUACUACAGUAUAGUUUUCUCUAUUCUUUCAUUUUCCCCUUCCCCAUUCCUUUAUUAUACAUAAAGUAACUGUGUAUGUGCACAAGCAUAUUGCAUUUUUUUUAACUAAAUGGCCAAUGGUAUGUUUUGAUCGACAUCAAAUGGAGAUGGGAUGGGGGAAAAUAUUGCUUCUGUGAAAAUCCCCCCCUCUCCAUUAGUGGCAUGCUCAGUCGGCUCUUAUCUUUAUAUUCCAGUAAUUUAUUUUGCUCUCACUGUUUAACAAAAAAAAAAACCAACAUAAAAAUCCUUGCAUACCUUG